AUGAUUUCCCUUAAUCCAAGCCGCAUUAUGCCAAGCAUGAUUGGACUUCUCUCACUUCUCUCAAUCACUGUCCCAUUCGUCAACGCGACCCCAAUCGUCUCCAAGGCAGUUUCACUUGCACCUCGCGCUGAUCCUGGAUUUACAUGCCACAUGGCUCCUGAAAACUACUGCACCAUCGGUAUCACCGUAACUCCAUCGAGAAUCGCCGCUGAUCUCCCUGACCGUCUUCCAUAUAAGGUUGUCGGAACACUAGCCGCCGAAGGACGAUGCUGGGGAUCAAAGGACCCUUGCUGGUACAGAGUCCCUAUCGGCAAUGGAAAAGAUCAGUGGCAAAAUGUUUGUGUAUUCCAAUGCAACAACAUGAAUGCCCGUCGAGACAACACAAUUGAGGCUAGUGAUGGAGUAUCAGUUGAUGUUGAGGCUCUUGACGAACCAAUCAAGGCUAGUGAUGGAGAAAUCAUUGAGACUCGUGAUGGAACAAUCGCUCGUCGAGGAGAUCUUUGCCAUCAUGCCGACGCUGGCUAUUGCACCAUAGCCGUCACGGUCACACGUGAAAGACUCGCCGCGGGAGCCACGGAUGAUUGGGUUUACCUUUUCGACAGUUCCUGCCGUACAAUCGGAGGCAUGUAUUCGGGCCAAAACAUUAAUAUGGCCAGUCAACUUCCAUAUAAGAUUGUCGGUCACAUGGCAUUUAACAACCAACGUCUUACCGCUUUCCCUGAAUUCUGCUAUGCGGGAAGAUGUACCAGUGCGUAUAAUGGUUGCUGGAUUCAUGCCGAUAUUGGGAAUUUCCAAUGGGUCAAUCGUUGUCAAUUCCCCUGCAAUUAA